AUGCCACCAAUUGAGCCUCCGAUAUAUUACUUUUACUUAUCAACCAAAGUAACAGUUUUUGAGCCUAUGGGGCCUUUGAAUAGUGUUUAUUAUGAUGAUGCGGGAAAACAUAUUUUUACCCUCAGAUCAAGAGGGACAAUGGGUGUGAAUGUCAAAUCUGUUGUAAAUGACGUGGCAUUAAACUUUCGUAUAGACGAUCGGGGUGAAAUUUUGAGUAUCAAAUUUUCUGAGGAUAACGAAAUUCUUGGUAUACAACGAAGUCUUCAAUCUGUCGAUUUCCUGAACUUUAAGAAUCACUGUCCUAAUGGUGUACAGUAUUCCCAGACUUGCAGAAAUAAAUCAGCGUCACUUCUCGGGUUUGUAUGGUGUUCCAACCACGAAGUCCUUUUCGUCAGUAAUGAACAGCUUGAACUGUAUCAAGUUUUGGCUGAAAAGAAUACAGUGCGCUUGAAUAAAUGCUUACCCCUAAACACAAAUUGGUUCUUAUGGAAUGUCGAUACUCGUAUUUGUCUCACUUUUGGUUCAGAAGAAAGCUUACACGUUUUUAAUCUAAAGACAUCAGGCACAAUCUCAAAAGGACCAAAGUUUCAACUGUCUGAGACAAAGGAUAUGAAUGGUGUUGCAACAUCGCUCGAACACAGACACAGCUUUUUAGCUUUGCUGUACGGCAAUUUGUAUUUUUGUACUCUUCGCUACUUAAGUCUGAAUAACAAUCGACGUCUAACUCGAACUGUCUGUUUCUAUUCACUAGAUAUGGAGAAUCCUGUUUCAUUGACACAUGUUGUACUUUUGGAUUCUGAAGAUUGUGUAUCGUUUAGUGUAUUGGAUGACUUAUUCAUGGUACACUACCAAAAUAAGAAGGUCUCUUCAGUUUAUGAUAUUGCUCUUAUGGGUACUAUGCAUAAUAACGUUAACACCACAAACCAAUUUUGUGUGACAUGUUAA